UUUCUUUUGAUACAUCUGCAGCUCAUCUCAAAUAAGCUUCAUUCAAAUACUUUUCAGUCUUGAUUCUAUAGGUACUAACAAUGGCUAGAAAGAAGUCUGCUGCUAAAAGAGCUAGAGAAGAAGCUUUAAAAGCGGAAGUUGCUUCAGCUCCAGCAAUCGAAGAAAAACAGGAGGUGGAAAAACCAACUAAAGAAAAAUCAACUAAAGAAACUCAAGAAGUAUCUGAUGAUGACGAUGAAGACCUGGAAUCGUCCGAAGAAGAAGAUGAAUAUGGACAACUCAUAACAGACAAUGUUGAAACAGGUAUCAACAAAGUUCUUGAAGCGCUUAAAAAUGAUCCAAAGAAGUUGCUUGAUCCAAAUCUUAAGUUUUUCGAUGAUCCUGAAAAGAACUCUGCUUUGAAGGAAAAGAUAAAUAAGGAAAAACCCAUGUAUUUAAAAGAUUAUCACAGACAAAACUUGUUAUCCGGUGACUUCAAGCAUGAAGACGAUGAAAAUGAAUAUGGAACUGUUGACGGUGAAAAACCAUUCGUGGUAACCGAAAGGGAAGAAAGAAAUCAAUUAUUAUCUGAUAUUAAGAGUGCAUUCAAUGAUGAUGAGGACGAUGAUGGAAGUGACGAUGAUUUUUUGAAGAAGAAAGAGUCGAAGAAAGACGAUAUUGAGAAACCUAAAACAGUCUUACCUGAUCCUGAAAAGAAUCAAGAAGCUUUCUUAAACGCUUUUCUUGAUAACCAAGCUUGGAUACCUAAGAAAAAUGACAAAGUAUUAGAUCUCGAUAAAAUAGAUAAUGAUGAUGAAGAAGAUUUUGAUAAUGCAGUUGAAGAUUUCGAAAAAGCUUAUAACUUCAGAUAUGAAGAUCCAAAUGCUGCAGAAAUUGUUUCGUAUGCUCGUAAUCAAGCCACUUUAAGAAGAUCAAAUACCAAUUCACGUAAAAGACAAAGAGAUAAAAAGAUUGAAUUGAAAGAAAAAGAAAAUCAAGAAAAAGAAGAAUUGUUAAAGAAGAAAAAGACUCAAAAAAUGAAUAAAGUCUUAGAUAGAUUAACAAAAAUUAAAGAGGCUGUCGGUGAAGAAGUCAGUGAUGAAACCAUACAAAAAGUAUUUGGUAACUCUCUUCUAGAUGAAGAUUUUGAUGAUGCUGAUUGGGAUAGUAAGAUGGCCCAAAUAUUUGACGAGCAAUAUUACGGAAAUGAAGAUUCUAAACCUGAAUGGGGUGAAGAUGAUGAGAUAAUGGGAGAUUUCCACAAAGAAAAUAAAGAAGACUCGGAUCAAGCUGAAGAUGAAGAACAAUCCCAAGAAGAUUUAGAUGGUGAACCUCCUAAGAAGAAGUCCAAGAAAGAAAAACUUAAGGAAAAGAAAUCUUCUAAAAAGGAAAAACAAUCACUUAAAGAAAAAGCCCAACAAAUAGUUGAAUCCAAUGCUGUCAAGAUCUUGGAUGAAGUUGAAGAUGAAAGAGGCCGUUCUCAGGAUAAAGAAGAAGUCAGAUUCAAGUAUCGUGAUGUUUCACCAGAAACCUUUGGUUUAAGUACUAGAGAUAUUAUUUUAGCCGAUGACAAACAAUUAAAUUCAUUCAUUGGUAUCAAGAAAUUUGCGCCUUAUAGAUCAAAAGAACAAGCAUUGAAGGAUAAAAGAAAGUAUGCCAAAAAGAAACAUUUACAAGAUUGGAGAAAAGAGGUUUUCCAUGACAAGAAUGGUCCUAGGUUUCAAGAUGGAGAAAAAGAAAAUGAAAUUUGGAUUCCAAUUGAAAAUGAAGAAACUUCCAAAUCUACCAAGAAGACUAAAAAAAGAAAGAAUAAACAUUAAUAGAGUACAUGUAUUAA